UGGCAGAUGGAACAAACUGUACAUGUGAAAGGAAGUAUUCCUGCAUGACAACAGAUCGUAUCUGCUCAGGAAGCCAAGGUCUGCCUCCCCGUAUGCUUGUGCCAGCCCAGGUUUGAGAACCAGCCCAUUAACACAACCCACAAGGAAAAGACCUAUAAGAAGGAUGACCCAGGAAGAAACAGGUGGGCUUCAGAACAGCGCUGGAACGACCCCCAUCACCUUUUCUGAGGAUUGAUCACCCUCAGAGAAGGGCCUUCUGGAUGAGCUGCUUCUUGUUCCAAGAAAUCAGCAUGGAAACCAGUAUGGAAAUCAGCAUGAUCAGCACAGCACCUGUUGCCUUGAAUACUGCAGUGGAACUGAAGUGUAUCAACAAAAAGCAUGAUACAGGGGUGUACUGGUUUCUUCAGAAAAAGGACUAUACCACUCACUUCAUCUUAUAUAUCUCUGUACUGUCCAAAAUAUCAGGCAACGCUAGAGGCUAUCAGACAUCCAAAAAUGGUGACUAUUACAAGCUAACUAUUACCAGCUUUAAAGAGGAGCACCAGGGCAUCUACUACUGCCUUUCCUUUCGCAAUCAGGGGUUGUAUUUCAGUUCGGGCCUUCAGGUCUACCUGCCAGAGAGAACCACCAAGCCUCCUACUGUCCCAGUCCAAGUGCCAACCCACAGCAAAGGAAAAGACAUGGGAUAUCCAGUUCCUCCCACCACAGAGAUAUUUGAAAGUACUGAGUUCCCUUGCGAGGUCUACAUCUGGGCUCCCUUAGCUGGUGGCUGUUUUCUUCUGCUGAUACUCCUUUUGAUCACCUUAUCAGUGUGCUGUGACCCCAGAAGGCGGCGAAGACGAUGCAAAUGUAAAAGGCCUAUGAAUGGAACCAAUGGAGUCCACCCACUGCCACGCAAGGGCAUGUAACAGGCCUGGAACCUUCCAACUAGCUCUCCCAAUGCACCCUGGCUAUGUUCCAGCCUCCCUUCCUAUCAAGAAGGAGACUUCACAGUGCUUGUAGUGGUUUUAUAUUCAAAUACUAAGGGAAUGAGUGCCUUCAGUUUCCAACGUUCCCAAAUAACAUUGUAAAACAUUUUUCUCUACCCAUUACCAUAUUCUCCUAAUUUACCCUGAGAACACUGCUAAUUUGGCAGAACACUGCUAAUACACACUAGCAUAUUAGGAAAAUAAUCCCAACAAUUUACUUUUAUAAGAAGUCAGGAUGUUUAAUAGCUAAAUCUGCAAGUCAAAUACAUUUAGCAACAUGCACUAUCUCGAAAGGCAGCUACACGGGAUGGGAAGUAGUUUUCCAAUAUUGUAUGUCCUUUGUCUUUCAUUCACAGCGGUAUCUCAGUUUAUGAACACCUCGGUUAAUUUAAUUUUCGGUUUACGACUGAAAAUCCAUUGAAAAUAAUGCCUCGAUUUACGAUUAUUAUUUUUUUGCAAUACGAA